AUGGUAGCAAUGGUGGGCGAACGCCUUCAUGCGGUGAAGCCGUAGCAGGGCUUUUUUAUAGGUUUCUGGUACGGAACUACUCUUGUCCCUUUUACCAAAGAAGAUUUGGAUAAGGUAGAUAAAAAAGACGAAAAGUGCUUCUCCGUCAUUGGCUUUGCAAAGUCAGAAAGUGUAAGUUUAAUUCCUCGCUACCUCUACGUUGGCAAGAAUGUUGUGCUUUUUGUCGCGAAUACAGCCACUAAAAGUCACAGCGAAGAGUCUGAAUCGGAGGCUUUCCGACAUCCCGCGUGCACUGCUGUCUCGGCGUUGGCCCAGGCCUUGGUUGAACUCGAGUCCGUUGCACUCGUGCGACGUGUCUACUCUCGUGCGUCUGCCCCUGCACUGGGUCUUCUGGCGCCAAGGUAA